GAUCAAUCUAUGCUCCAGUUUUGAGAUAGUGGACCAAAAAUAAUUGAAGCGGCUUCCGUGCUUAGCUUGUUUACGACACGCAACAGAGCUGACACGCAUUAAACUCUUUGCAAAAUCCGAAAGCCAGGUUUCUCGACAAGAUACCACGACCUCAGAACUCAACCCCACGAACCCGAAUACCCCUCCCCCGCCGGCGGCGCAUCGAAAAAAAGCAAAAGCAAAGAUGGGUCGCGAAGACCAGAUCGAAGAGCGCGAGGUGCUCGACUCUAUUUUCCCCGAAGAGAUAACAGAUGUUUCUGAUACUUCAUACCGGAUAUCAAUUGCCCUAGACCCCCCGGACAAUGAAGUCGAAGGGGCGGAGGAGCCGCCCGUUUUGUAUCUGCACGUCUCAUACCCGGAGGACUACCCGGACGUGGCCCCGGAACUCGACAUAAGUACGGCGCCCAACGCCCCGAAACACCCGCGCCUCGACGUGUCCGAGGACAAGGAGCGACUGCUGGAAGCGCUGCAGCCGACCAUCGAGGAGAACAUGGGGAUGGCGAUGGUAUUCACGCUGGUGAGCGCGCUGAAGGAGAGCGCCGAGCAGCUCAUGGCGGAGCGGGUGAAUGCGAUCCACGCGGAGCGGGAGAUGGAGGCGGCCAAGCGCGAGGAGGAGGAGAAUCGCAAGUUCCAGGGCACGGCGGUCAACCGCGAGACGUUCCUGGCUUGGCGGGACAAGUUCAUGAAGGAGAUGGAGGAGGAGGAGAAGCGGCUGCGCGAGGAGAAGGAGGCCGAGGACAAGAAGGCGCAGAAGAAGGCCCCCGGCAAGGAGGAGAAGAAGCUCACCGGCAAGCAGCUUUGGGAGCGCGGUCUGGCCGGCAGAGCCGAUUUUGAUGAGGAUGAGGAGGAUGCUAUGCCUGCGGCUGUGGAGAAGAUGAAGAUCGCUGCGUAGAUGCUUGAUGAGUUCUAUGUAAUAAUCUAUGAUUUCGGUUUUGGCUCCUUGAUGGGGCUUUACAGCGUG